CUCCUGCGAGACUACGUCGCCGCGGACUGGACGAUGAUGCUCGCCGUCGCGACGCUCAACCUGUGCGGCGUCAUCACGCUCGCCGAAUCCCUCGCCGGGUUCGCGAACGAGGGAUUGCUCACGGUCGGCGCGCUGUUCGUCGUCGCGGCGGGGAUCAGCGCGACGGGGGGGCUGGACUGGUACAUGGGGAAGGUGCUGGGGAAGCCGCGAACCCCGGCGGGGGCGCAGUUGCGAUUGAUGCUGCCGAUCGCGUGCGUGAGUGGAUUUUUGAAUAACACGCCCGUGGUGGCGGUGAUGAUACCGAUCGUGCUGCGAUGGGCCGAGGCCACGGGAAUGGCGAAGGAGCAGUUGAUGAUUCCGUUGUCGUUCGCGAGCGUGCUCGGCGGCACGUGCACGCUCAUCGGAACGUCGACGAAUUUAGUGGUGCAGGGAAUGGUGGAGACGUGGACGCGCGAGCACGCGGGGCGAGGGGGGGAGGUGAAGAUCGGUCUGUUUGAUCUCGGGCUGUACGGCGUGCCCGUGGCGUUGGCGGGGAUAGCGUACGUGUUGCUGGCGUCGCCGUUUUUGUUGCCAAAAGGCGCGCGGCGAAUCGGAAGCGGACCGAGGGAUCAACGGCGCGGAGAGGACGAAGAGGAUUUACUCGUCGGUGCGCGCGUCGAGGGGUGGUCGCCCGCGGUCGGGCACACGGUCGCCGCGAGCGGAUUGCGAGGUUUGCCGGGAUUGUACCUGGUGAGCGUGCGCAGAAACCAAGCGUUGUUGCGCGCCAUCGGACCAGAGUUCAUCCUGAACCAGGGCGAUAUUUUGUAUUUUACCGGGAUGAUCGAGUCGCUCGGGAAGGUUCUUCGUCGGGUUCCGGGGCUGGCGCCGUACUCGAGCGACCAAGUGGACAAGCUCGAAAUCUCCAGUCACGACCGUCGAUUGAUUCAAGCCGUGGUCGCGAAAACUGGAGAUUUGGUCGGUAAGUCUAUUCGAGACAUCAAAUUUCGCACGCGAUUCAACGCAGUCGUCAUCGCCGUCCAUCGCGAGGGCGCGCGCGUGCACUCAAGAAUUGGCGACGUCGUCUUGCACCCCGGCGACGUGCUUUUACUCGACGCCGGUGAAGAUUUCAAACAAAGCGCCCGGGCGCAGGGCGCGUUCGCUCUGAUCAGUGUUUUGGACGAUUCUACGCCCCCUCGUUUGCGAUUACUCAUCCCCUCGCUCUUGUGCGCGCUGGCAAUGAUUAGUUUGUACACCGCCGGCGUCAUGGAGCUCUUCACCGCCGCGGUGCUCGCGGCGGCUGUGAUGAUCGCCUCUGGCACUCUGACGCAGCAAGAGGCUCGAAACGCCAUAAAAUGGGACGUCAUAGUCACCAUCGCCGGUGCUUUUGGAAUUUCGCGCGCCAUGCAAAACAGUGGCGUCGCCGAAGCCGUGGCGAAGAAACUCGUCGCGUUGGGUCGCGUCACGAACACGGGUGAAAUCGGCUUGCUCGUCGCCGUCUACCUCGCCACGUUCUUGAUCUCCAACAUCGUGACGAACAACGCCGCCGCGGCUUUGAUGCUUCCCAUCGCCGCCAGCGCCGCGGAAUCUGAAAACAUCGCGCUCGAAAAGAUGGCCUUCUUACUCAUGCUCGCCGCCUCGGCGUCCUUCAUGUCGCCCUUCGGAUACCAAACCAACCUCAUGGUGUACGGCCCGGGCGGCUACGUGUUCGCCGACUUUAUCAAAUUUGGUUUCCCCAUGCAGAUCACGCUCUUGAUCGUCAGUAUCGUCGUC